AGAGGAGGGCAGUUGCUGGCGCUCUGAUUUUGUGGCGAAGUUUGGGACUAUCCGCUCGCUGUGGGUCCUAGGAGCGCGCUGUGGGGGUCCUAGGAGGACGCUGUGGGGUCCUAGGAGAGCGCUGAGGGAUGGAAAUACGGGUAGAGUGCGUGGCUAGGAUGGAGGAUAGUGACACACCCGCCUCUCCCCGUGAGCUGCGGCCGACAAGUCCUUGUGAGAGUGAAAUUAGUGUCGGGUGCGAAGCGCGGCAAGAUGAUCGUCCCUCUCCUAUGGACAUGACCCACACGGACGACGAUGACGAUGAGGACGACACAGAGCCCCAGUCCCCAUCCACCUCGCGGGGGGCGCCGUCCCCGACGCUAUCCUCAGGAUCCCUACACACCGAGUCAUUCACCUACCUAUCCGACGACGAAUAUUUCAGACCACUCAAAAGACUAGCCAUGUCAAGCACGUCGCCGCCGCUGCCGCAGCCGCAGCCGCAGCUCCUCUCCCCGCAGGAGGAGGAGGAGGAAGAAGAGGAGGAACCCAAGCCUCCUACACCCGAGCCGCAGCCGCAGGAGCCGCAGGAACCCGAAGGACUCAUGGGCCGAGGCGGAGACAUAGCAAUGGACCAGAAACAAGCAGCAGGAUUAAGAUCCUUCUCUAUCCUCGACAUCCUAUCCUACAAGCCGUCAAGACGGAAGUCGUCGGUUCCUGUCAAGAUUGUACGCCCUUGGGACACGCGGGAGGAAGGGGUCGCCGACCCCCCUGCCAAGUCGUCGAGCCAGAACGACAAGAAAAGCUCCAGUAACGACAAAGGAAGUGCUCUUGAUGCGCUCUUUAAGAUGACCAAUAAGACACUCGACAACCUCAAUAAGGAUGAGAAAACUGACGCCGUUAACCUCUUCAACAGCAGACAGCCGCCCAAGAAGAAACGGAAGAGUCGAACAGCUUUCACUAACCACCAGAUCUUCGAACUGGAGAAGCGCUUCUUGUACCAGAAAUACCUCUCGCCCGCCGACAGAGACGAACUAGCCCAAUCGCUUGGACUAAGCAACGCCCAGGUGAUCACGUGGUUCCAGAACCGGCGGGCGAAGCUGAAGCGGGACAUGGAGGAGCUGAAGCGGGACGUCGAGUGCACAAAAGUCAUCGCCACCAACAAGACGCUCCUGGAGGCGUCGGUGAACGUUGCAGCGCUGCUGAAGGUGAAGGAGCUGCCCAGGAUACCCAUCACCUCGCUGCCCCAGCACUAGUGUCACGCCCUCGCCCGCUUGUGGCCCUUGCAUAGGUGAAGGAAGGUCCUGGAGUGAAGAGCAACAACAUCUGUCUCUUUCUCUCCCUCUCUCUCUCUCUCUCUCUGGUCUACGACCGACAAUAACAGGAAAACACAGGAUAAUAACGUCAACAAAUGAUAUACUGUUAUCUUGUGUGUUUAGAUAGCAACCGGUUCUUACGCUCUCCUGGGGUGAUAUCUUGAGCAAGGCUGGCUUAUGGAGACCGCCUUUCAAUGCUAUUUAAACAAUAUCAGACAAGAGAGUGUUAAGAGAGCCUUUUGCUGCUUCCCAAACACCAGAGAGCAAAAGGCUUUUAACAUACACACACACGGGAUGCUUAUGGAACGCGUCACGAGUCCUUUCCAGCAUGCUGAAGAUGAUGUUACGUUUGCCUAUGACGACUCGUCUAACGCUCGUGAAAUUUACAUCUAUAAGACGUUCCUUAGAGAGAUCGAGAGAGCCAAAAAGGACAAUAGACUUCGAGGGGGCGGGGUGUGAGUAUUAAGAAAAAAUUCUUAUGAAGUGAGUUCGAUGCUUGCUUCCGGUGAAUGGAGGUGGUCGACGGUCAACUUUCGAUGUAUCGAGGUUUCUGACGGUCAAAUUCCGGUGUAUCGAAGUUUCUGACGGUCAAAUUCCGGUGUAUCGAGGUUUUUGACUGUCAAAUUCCGGUGUAUCGAGGUUUCUGACGGUCAAAUUCCGGUGUAUCGAGGUUUCUAACGGUCAAAUACCGGUGUAUCGAGGUUUCUGACGGUCAAAUACCGGUGUAUCGAGGUUUCUGACGGUCAAAUUCCGGUGUAUCGAGGUUUCUGACUGUCAACUUACCUUGCAACAAUUAUUUUUGAAACAUUAUUACCUUAUUAUCAUUCUCAUUCAAGGGAGAGUUGUGAUCCCAUAAUUAUUUUCCAUUAUAAAUACAAUCAUCAAUCAAUCACCAUUAUCAUUCAUCAAUCAAUCAAUCACCCUCAUCUAACCCACCAAGGUGGCACCACAAAGCUUAGUGCCCAGGAGAGGUGCCAGGAGUUGAAAAUUGUCUUCACAAAUAUAAAUAUAUUUUGAACUUGUAUUGGGCGGUCGUUAAGUGCUUAGCUUACCAGGCACCGAGAUACAGUACGUUCCGUGUAAGUGCCUACAGCUGCAGCAGCAACAGCAGCAGCAGCAACAGCUGCACUAACAGCAGCAGCAGCAGCAGUUACAGCAACAGCAGAAAGAUUGAUAGUGAUAAUAAUAUCAUUUUCAUCCUUAAUGUUUAUUCAACAUUUUCUCAAGCUCCCGACUAUAUUA